AGGGCGGGGGCGGGGCGCGGCGGAUUCAAGCCGAGGGUGCGCACCGCUGUCCCCGCCACCGCCGGGUCCCCGCCUCGUCCCCACCGCCACCAUGGAGAUUAUGACCUUCCCCCGCUGCACCCCCGACGAGAUCAUCGGCCUCGUCCGCACCAAUGUCCUGGAGGGCGCCGAGGCCCGGAACCUGGUCAAGGAAGACCUGUUCAGCAACCUCAGGCAUGACGUUUUACACCUGAUUUACCUGAGAAUCCUGCAGAAAGUGUCUAGGAUCCAACUGGAGGACAUCUACAUGAUGCCACUUAAUGUUGACAUAGUGUACCCAGAGAUCUAUGAAGGCUUUCUACCUCUCUGCAAUUUGUAUAUUCGUUUGGAGCGCUUGCUGCCCAUGUGGGGGAUUAGUGACUUCCAAAUUGCUGAUGUUUUAAGCCCAAAGAUAAAGAGGACUUCUCGCUUCUUGAGUGGCAUGCUCAACUUUGUGAACUUCAUGAAAUCCAAGCAUACAGCCUACCUGGAGCUACAACUGGAAUAUAAAUCAGCUAUUGAGAAAAUCCAGCACCUGGAGACUGUGAAUCGGGAGGCAGCACUGAAGCUGGAGAAACUGAACACAGUCCCAGUUGAACAUGAGGCAGAGGUCAAGCAGCUCACAGAGAACAUUCGGGAGCUGGAGCAGCUGCUGAGGCAGGAUUAUCGUCGGAAACAAGCAGCUUUGCAAGAAGUGACUUCUCAAAAGAAGGCUGAUAUUGCUGAGAAAACCCAAAUAUUGAAUGAGUGUAAAGUGUCUAUGAGUGCUUUAAAAGAAGAACAAGAGCAGCUGAAAUCCAAAAUUGUGGAGAAUCCAGAAGAAGGGAAAAAUUACAACGAGCUGAUGAAAGAGAAUAUUAAGAAAUUGAAGAGAUCUCAGCAAGAAGUUACUGAGAAAUAUGAAGGUUAUAGAGAUUUAGUUGAGGUUCUGUCAUUGUGCCUGGUGGAAUUGCAGUUAUACCAAAAGAAGAUGGAAAUACAGGGAGAAAAUGUGGAGAGACUGGCCAGUGUAUCAUCAGAGGCCAGAAGUCUGGAGGACCAGCUUGAGAGUGCUCAGGUGGAGCUGAAAAAGGCCAAGGAAGAUGAAACCUCCCGAAAGAGAGUGGUCACUGCAAAGCACGAGAAGCUUGCUACAGCUGAGAUCCAGCUGAAAAAGAUCCGUGAAGUUAUUGAGCAGUACAAGUGCACUGAGCUCGAACUUUAUAACAAAGUCAAGGAGAAGAGGGGUGCUGUGUAUGACAAAGUUAUGGCCAUUCGCAAGGAAAUCAAACAGCAGAAGAGCAAAAUAGAGCAGCUGAAGGAUGAUUAUGAAAAAAAAGCAGCAAAAGACAAGGAAAUACAACUAAUUUUGAAGUCUGUAUUGGACAAGUAUCAUGAAUCUCUCCUUAAGGCAGUAAAGACUUCUGCAGCCUCAAGAGCAGAAAAAAUUGCUGAAAUUAGGGGAGGCCUGCUCAGCAUUCAGUCUUCUGAAAGUACUCCUUAAGCCUGUCUGAACUUGUGUUCCAUUUUUUUGUGUUCAUGCUCAUACCUGAGCUCAAGAGCUUCUGCUUUGCAUGGGAGGGAUAAUAAUUCCAGGCAAAUCCAGCUUUCUCAGAAACCAUGUCAGAACACAUUUAGCUUUUCAGGCUGAUCCUGCUGUCAUGAGCUUGCUGAUAUGGAUAAGAAAACACUCAGUUUCUGUUGUUUCAGUCAGCACCUGGUCUUGGGGGGUAAUAUUGCAAGUCUUGCUAACACCAAAAUUUUAGGCAGAACCCUGCAUUUGUAGAAACCGUACUGCAAACUUUGAUAUGGGAACCCCUGGAGCCUUGGUCUGGCUUGAAUGUUCAAGAUAAGUCAGUCACAUGUGAUACUCCACCACCAUUAUUCAAUUAAGAUGAAAUGCUGACAUAGCAGUAGCAUCCAUCUAAAUGCCAAAUUACUCUCAUCAUAAAUAUCUGUAACUGUAAACACUCAGAAGUAUCAUUUUAAUGUCAUUUUAGUUAACAGUACACUCUCAAUGCUUGAACUCAUUGUGUCUGCUUUGUGGGGUAUUGAACCCUCCUCUUUGUUCAUCAGUCUGUGUUAGAAUGCUCUUAAAAACUAUAGAUUGAUGUUUUGUACCUUGUGAUGGUGCUUGGUGUGCCACAGUGGUUUUCAUUAUUUGGAAAAUUGAAAUGUUAAUUUUUGCACUAGUUGAUAUAAAGAUGUUUAACCCUUUUUCUCUCUGAUAUUUCCAGUCCCCUAACUCACUUGGAAGAACAUUUCAAUGGAAAAAUUUUGCUUUGUACAUUUGUACAAUGUAUGCUAUGAGCAGUCUUUUAUGCUGAAAGGAGGAGGAUGAUCCAAGCCAUCUUUAAAAUUUUGAUUCUUCAUCUCUUACCAGCUGGAGGUGCUAACAAAGCAGUUAGGAAGAGCAGGUGCUUCCUUCUGGGGCUCUUCUGGAGGCGUCUGUACCAUCUCCUUCUUUAUAAAUAUUGGUUGGAGGCUGCACUCCCUAGCCUGGAUAUUGCAGCAGCUCUGGGGAAAGAGAAUCCCAAAAACUUCCAAUGGAUACUGCAGGGGAUUAUUCCAAUCAGCAGAUCAAGGUUCUUAGGCUAGAGAGAUGAUGCUUGUGUAUCCCAGUGCUGAGGAAUUUCAGGAGAAAGAAAAAGCUGGAGUCUGGGUCCUGCUCUCAGAUUUUGCUACACCAGCUGUUGGGUAAAAUAAAAGCCUGCAAUUCAUGAAGAAAGAAAAACUCUGUUUUCCAGGUUUUUGUGUUUCCAAGCUUUCACAGUGCUUAUUUGUGUAAAAUACUUAAAAAUAAAACAUAACCAAGGUAUGAUUUAUGUAGAGAUAAUUGAUUCCUAGGUGUGAAUUGAUUCCUACUGCUGCUUGUCAAAAACCUCUACCCACCUUGAACCAUAUGGCAAGGCAGUGGGGGGAGCUCAGUAUGGCCUGAGGAGCAGGAAGGGAGAAUGGCUCAGCUGAGGAAAUACAGCUCCCUUUCCCUCAAGAGGGCAGUGUUAGUCAAAAUUUUGUCCUUUUUUUGGUUGGUUGAUUUGUUUUUUCCUUUUUUAAAAAAAAAUUUGUUAAUCUUUCUGCCUUAGCUAAUGUUUUAAGGUUUAGUUUAAUUUUUUUUUGUAAGUACUUCAGUAUUUAAUGUACAACAUCAAGCCUGUAGCAAAUUUGAAUUGUACUGCUUCUUUGAAACAUGUGGAGUUACUAACAAUAAUCUAACCAAGUUUUUAAAUUCUGCAAGCAGAAAAAAUAAUAGUGGCUAAGGUGGGAAAUGGGUUGAUUGUGACACCUUUUUACCUCUUUAUCACUCUUCUUUUGCCUUUACUCCAGAGCAUGGCUGGAGAGAUCUCAGAGCUCCAUCUCAAAAGUCAGAUUUCCUUUAGUUUUGGGUGAGGGUAGUGAGCCAGGUUUGUGUUUUCAAAUACAAAGUGAGAUGAACUGGUGUGCUGGCCACUUGGUGGGGAUGUUGGCACAGAGAGUGGCCCUGGAUUCAUGUUCCAUUCCUGCCACAACUCUGCUGAGGAAGCCAAAGGAAAACCUGCUGAAUCUUCAGCUUCAGGGUAACAGCUUUUCAGCUUGGCACUCAUAUAUUCUAGGACUAGCCAGGACCAGGUAAGCUACAAGUUAAAACUUACUGACAGAUGUUUCCAUCUAAGGUGUGACCCUUGAUGCUGCCAAAGCAGGAGCUGCUCUGGAGGAUGGAGCCUGCACUUGGGAGCCCAUUCCCUGUUAUUUGUGCAGGGGAAUUAGGAGGGAGUGUGAGGGGCUCAAGUGUGUGUAAAUCAAGAGGUUGUGAGGUGCAGAGUAAAGGAAUCUGGCAGAUAAAUGCUCCUGUGUGUUGAGGUCUCUUGCAUCUAGGGCAUGUUUUAGAAAGAUUCUCUUGAUGCUUCCAUCAGGCUCCUUAAAGGCAAUCCUUAUUGUGAUGCAGUGAAAUAAAUGGCUGGAGAUGAACAUACAAAUU